GUCAGUAAUCAGUACUAUUGACUCCCAUCCAAGGGCAGAAGAGGCGGCCACAGCAACCUACCGUCUCACACUGUCAAACUUUUUGUUUGCAGCAUCUCCUGUCCUGGAAACCCAGCAGAAACCAGAGCUUGGCCUCCACACGAACAAAACCACACCUUUUCUUUCCUCUUCUUCUUGCUCAUUUCCACCUCACUCUCAUCGCCGAUCCGAUCAGGUUUAGGCUUAGGGUUAUGAUAUUUGUUUCUGAUUUGGAGGAGGUUUUCAGUAGCUAUAUAUGCUUCCCAGUAAGAGAACCUGCGGAGCUGUGAUAGAAAAAGACGGUGCCGUGAGAGAAGGAGUGCCGAAGAAGCCAAAGGGAGAGGGUUGCGUGACCUCAUCAUCGUCUGCUGAGGUGGCAACGGAGAACAACCACAGGCCACCGAAAGCGAUGGACUUUUCGGCGGCGAACGGGAAGAUGCAAGUAGAGAUAGAUGAAGAUCUGCACAGCCGGCAGCUCGCUGUCUACGGGAGGGAAACCAUGAGGCGGCUCUUUGCCUCGAACGUUUUGGUCUCUGGUCUCCAAGGCCUGGGCGUGGAGAUAGGUGGUUUGGAUGUCUCUGGAUCAUGUUUUUUGAAUAAAAACCUAAAUAAUCUAGCUUCAUCGGAUCUUGUUUCAGGAGAAUUAUCUUUUGGCUUGCGUUUAGAUUGUGGCUGCUACGGGAUUUCUGUCCGCCACGUUAUACGCUAUAGGGAAGGUUUGAGAGCUCUUAGUCAUGUGGUCCGUGACACCUUAAUCAAUGAUCCAUGGACUGCAAGAGGCAAAAGAAAUGAGUAUCAUAGAAUUGAUACCUUGAUGAACGUGAAGGUUGAUGGGCCAGAAGAGAGCGAAUUGGAUCCAAGCAUGGUAUAUGGCCUCAGGAAGGGGUUUAUGCUGGAAGAGAUCUUGUGGCCGGUUGGACGAAGGUUCCAACGAUCAGAUCAUCUAGAAGCUGGUGAUGAAACCUUGUUGAUUGUGGCCACAAAUCUAGCCUUGCUGAAGAAGUCGGAGACGAAAUCUUUUGCAGAAACUAAAACCUUGCUGGAGACGGGAACCUCUUUGGAGGGACCAAACGUCAGGUUGAGGAUGCUGCUGGGAACUAGACGUGAACCUGUUGUUUGCUGGACCAGGGAUUAUGAGAAGGUGGAGGUGCCUGCUGCUGGAACCAACAGAGGAGGUCGAGGGCUGCUGGAUCUACGCUACAGAAUCAACCUGAAGGCUCUACGUAAGAAAAAGUCUGAGGCUACCUUGAAGGAGAUCGAAGGGGAUGACAUUGGCAAGAUUCACAAUGCAUGCAAAUCUCUUCUUCCCCUAUAUGCCGCGCUCGAUAACAGAUCAUACUUUUCUUUUACAAAUUCUACUUUGCAGGCCGUCGUGUUUACUGAUAUCAGCUUAGAGAAGGCUAUUGAGUUUGAUGAUUAUUGUCACAAUCACCAACCCUCAAUAGCUUUCAUUAAAUGUGAAAUUCGAGGCCUUUUUGGAAAUGUAUUCUGUGACUUUGGACCAAAAUUUACAGUUGUCGAUGUUGAUGGAGAGGAGCCUCAUACAGGCAUAAUUGCAUCGAUUAGCAAUGACUGCCCUGCAUUUGUGUCUUGUGUUGAUGAUGAGCGGCUGGAAUUUCAGGAUGGCGAUCUUGUUGUAUUUUCUGAAGUGCAAGGAAUGACCGAGUUGAAUGAUGGAAAACCUAGGAAAGUUGCAAGUGCUCGACCAUAUUCUUUUGUCCUUGAAGAAGAUACUACAGGGUUUGGCGCAUACAGCAGAGGAGGUAUUGUGACACAAGUGAAGCAGCCCAAGGUCAUACAAUUCAAGCCUUUAAGAGACGCGUUAAAAGAUCCAGGUGACUUUCUUCUAAGCGAUUUCUCCAAAUUUGAUCGCCCGGCCCUGCUACAUGUGGCGUUUCAAGCUUUGGAUUCAUUUCGACAAGAUUUUGGACACUUCCCUAUGGUUGGGUCAGAAGAAGAUGCUGAGAAACUAAUAGAUUUAGCUUUCAAAAUCAAUGAGAACUUGGGUGUUCGUAAACUGGAUGAUAUUGAUAGGAAGGUUCUCUAUCAUUUUUCAAGUGGUUCCAGGUCUGUCUUGAAUCCAAUGGCAGCAAUUUUUGGUGGUAUUGUUGGGCAAGAAGUUAUGAAAGCUUGCUCUGGAAAGUUCCAUCCCCUUUUCCAGUUCUUUUAUUUUGAUUCACUGGAAUCACUCCCACCUGAGCCUCUGGAACCUAAUGACCUGAAGCCAUUGAAUUCCCGAUAUGAUGCUCAAAUCUCAGUAUUUGGAGCCAGGCUUCAAAAUAAAAUGGAAGAAACUAAAGCAUUUAUAGUAGGAGCAGGUGCUCUUGGAUGUGAAUUCUUGAAGAACUUAGCACUAAUGGGAGUUUGUUGCAGCCCAAAGGGCAAGCUAACAAUCACAGAUGAUGAUGUCAUUGAGAAGAGUAAUCUUAGUCGGCAGUUUCUAUUCCGUGAUUGGAAUAUGGGGCAGGCAAAAUCCACUGUAGCGGCAGCAGCUGCUGCUGCCAUCAACCCUAGUCUCCAUAUUGAGGCCCUGCAAAAUCGUGCUAGUCCUGAAACAGAAAAUGUGUUUGAUGAUUCUUUCUGGGAGAGCUUGGAUGUUGUUAUAAAUGCUUUGGACAACGUAACUGCAAGGAUGUAUAUGGAUGGAAGAUGUUUGUAUUUCCAAAAGCCAUUGCUGGAGUCUGGGACCCUUGGUACCAAAUGUAACACCCAAAUGGUUGUACCACAUCUUACUGAGAAUUAUGGCGCGUCUAGAGACCCGCCAGAAAGACAGGCACCUAUGUGCACAGUUCAUUCUUUUCCCCAUAACAUUGAUCAUUGUUUGACAUGGGCCAGGUCUGAGUUUGAGGGCAUGCUCGAGAAAACCCCUAAUGAGGCUAACAAAUUCUUAACUGCUCCAGGUGAAUAUGUGGGUGCUAUGAAGGCAGCAGGUGAUGCCCAGGCUAGGGAUCUUCUUGAGCGUGUCAUAGAGUGCCUUGACAAGGACAGAUGCGAUACGUUUGAAGACUGCGUCAGUUGGGCACGACUCAGGUUUGAAGAUUACUUUGCCAAUCGCAUAAAGCAACUAACAUUCACGUUUCCUGAGGAUGCUGUUACCAGCAGUGGGUCAUCAUUUUGGUCUGCACCGAAACGUUUUCCCCGACCAUUGCAGUUCUCUGCUAGCGAUUCAAGUCAUGUUGACUUCAUCUUGUCUGCUUCUAUUUUAAGAGCAGAGACAUUUGGAAUUCUUUUACCCGAUUGGGCUAAUAACUCAAAGAAGCUGGUUGAUGCGAUGGACAAAGUUGUUGUGACUGAUUUUGAACCCAAGAAGGGAGUCAAAAUUGUUACUGAUGAGAAAGCAACUAACUUGUCAACUGCCUCUACAGAUGACGCUGCUGUCAUUAAUGAGCUUGUUGCAAAGCUGGAAGAAUGUGCAAAGAGACUACCCCCUGGAUACCAUUUGAACCCUAUACAGUUUGAAAAGGAUGAUGAUACAAAUUUCCACAUGGAGUUCAUAGCCGGGCUGGCAAACAUGCGGGCAAGAAACUACGGCAUUCCAGAAGUUGACAAACUGAAAGCCAAGUUCAUCGCCGGGAGGAUCAUCCCCGCCAUCGCCACCUCUACGGCUAUGGCGACCGGUUUGGUGUGCCUCGAGCUUUACAAAGUCAUUGCUGGUGGGCACAAGCUGGAGAACUAUCGCAACACUUUCGCAAAUCUUGCCCUUCCGCUCUUCUCCAUGGCCGAGCCUGUGGCGCCAAAGGUAAUCAAGCAUCAGGAUUUGAGCUGGACGGUGUGGGAUCGCUGGAUCAUCAAAGGUAACAUCACCCUUCGUGAGCUUCUUCAGUGGCUCAAGAACAGGGGACUCAAUGCCUACAGUAUAUCACAUGGAACUUCCCUGCUGUACAACAGCAUGUUCCUGAGGCACAAGGAUAGGCUGGACAGGAAAAUUGUGGAGCUUGCGCAGGAUGUGUCUAAGUUGGAGGUCCCAUCAUAUAGGCGACAUCUGGAUGUUGUUGUUGCUUGUGAGGAUGAUGAAGAUAAUGAUGUUGAUAUCCCACUGAUAUCCAUUUACUUCAGCUAAUCAUCUUUUAUUUUAUUUUAUUUUUUUGUUGAGUUAGAUGCUUUUUUGCUAUAUAGAGUAAACAUUAAGGUCUUAGAUGCCUCUUAUGCUCGUCAUUUGUGUUAUUUGACAGCUUGAAGUUCUGUCUCUUUUUUAAAAUGAAGUUGAGUCUUGUUUGCCCUGCUUUAAAGAUGCUGUAACUGUAGCUUUAUAAUCUUCUUAGCAAUUAUAUAGAA